ACCAAAUUGGGAUUCACCGCCGCGCGCAAUAUGUUCCUUCGUUCGUAGGCUUUGGGAUACUCGGUGCAAAAUGUUUCGUUGCUUCUUAGUUUGUUUGGCUCUGAUUGGUUAUGCUCACGGUGCUGAAGAAUGGAAAGGAUCAUGGUUUCCCAAAGCUCCAGCGGACUUAGCAUCGGAAGCGAGUGGACCGAUCAAAGGCUCUCCGAAUGCAAUCGCAAACGAUGAGGGGACUAAAAUUAAGGGCUCCGAGCGUGUGGCGAUGGGAAUAGCAAAUCCGGAGUGUGACGACGCAAAACAUGGGCUGGAGAUUGAUUUCGAUCCGUACAACAUUACGCAUUCGCCGGUGUAUAUGUGCCUGGAACCGAAGGCUGACUACAAAGGUGAUUAUAAUAUGGACGCCGUCAUUACGGAGCGCCUUGUGCCACCGGCGUACGUGGCCAAUCACAAGUGCAUGAACAGCAGCAUAGAGUACCCGGAGCGGAUACCAACGUACGGAACUCAUCGCCCCCUUUGGCCAAGAUACGGGGAGUAUCGAUACGUUCCACCACAGCGGUGGCUGCACAGCAGCGAACACGGUGCCGUCGUUGCUCUCUACCACCCGUGCGCAAACAAGCAACAGGUUGAUGAAAUGAAGCAAAUAGUUAAGAGAUGCCUUUACCGUCACAUUAUAACCCCGUCGCUGCGACCGAGUCGGGAUCGUCCGUUCGUGCUUGUAACGUGGCACGCGACACUGGAAUUUUCCGUCCUCGUUCGAAACAUUGUGGAGUCAUUUAUCGAGAAGUACGCCCUCAAGGGUCCCGAGCAAACAUACCGCGACGGUCAGUACGACCAUCUAUUGCUCAACCCAGCACAGGUUGUUUCAACUAUAGACGACAGUGUUUUAUGCCCCAAGAAACAACGGGACUAAACAGUGGGUCGAAUAUUGCUUUCCAUCUCUCGCUUGCCAUCCCUUGCGCAUUCGCGGUAUCGGGAUUGAGGGUUUUUUAUUGUAACGGACAUCAAUGUGAUAUAUUUUAACCGUAAAUGAUGGUGCAAAAUAAACAAUUCAAUCUGAAGGGCUAA